GUUGGUGAGACUCCACUCUGUCAUUUCAGGCAGUAUCAAAAAUGGCGAAUAUUGUGUGCUUCAGUAGACUCAGAAUUUCACCUGCAUUUUCCUCGAUAUGGAAAAGCUUUGGAGGUGCAGAAGUGGUGUCAAGUCAUCUCCAGCGCCACGAGAUGAUUGGCCAGCGCGCCGGAAGUCAAGUGCGCCAUUCGAGUUUCAGAUCGUCGCCAGAGUUCGGCCAACUUGACGAUCAUCCACGGGUGGAAAUUGCACAGAACCCACCCGAAUGGAAAUUUGUGGAGCGCUUGCUAAGUCCCGUGGCUGUGCCCGUGCCCAAAAUUCACUCCACUUACCCCUCUGGUUGGCGUCCGCAGCAACCAGAUGCCACAAAGAGGGAGUACUUUGUGGCUCGCACGAGAAAUCACAUGCUACCCGUCUAUAUGAUUGAAAAGUUUCGCGGCACUAAGAAGAUUACAAUAGUGAAGAAUAUCGAGGGUGAUAUCUGGAAGCUAGAGCAGGAACUGAGGAGCGUUGUGGAGCAGGCGAUGCGUAAGAAAAUCUUUUCGCACGUCAAUGAAAUGAGCGGAAAAAUCAAAUUCACAGGAGCAUUUGUUAAUCUUAUUAAGAAUCACUUAGUGGAAAAAGGAUACUGAAGUAGUAAAUUUUCCUUUUUGUAGAAAAUUUGCGUUUUUGCAAAGAAUAAAAAGGGAAUUUAUAUGAAAAUAAUG